AUGUGGGUGCUUGGUGUAGCCAUGACCAAAGACAUAGAAGAGGAGUUGAGUGAGACUGAUGAGGAUGAGCCAAGUGAUGAGACUGCCGUAAGAGAGAGAUGUGAAGCUGAGGAUACUGAAGAGAACCAGAACCAGAGUGAGACAUCAUGUGAGCCAACCAGUGUGUGGAGUGGACCAACUACUAGAUCAAGGCUGAGAGAACAAGAGGAGAGGCUCCAGGAGAUAGCCAAAAUCGUGGGAACAAUGAGUGAAGAGAGACGAGAUGGAAAGCAACCAGAGGGUUCAGGAGAACCGGCUGUCCAGCAAAUCAACCUCAACCAAGUUCAAUUUGAGGCUAUGAUGGCUGAGAUAACCAGAAGAAUGCAAAAUACUUACAGCCUUGCUCAACAAGCUAAUGACAACUUACCUGGUGUUAAUGCAGGGCAAGAGAGGGACGCGGUUGCUGCUGGAGCUCAGAGAGCACGCAUUGGACCUAUAAGAGGGCCACGAGUGGAGAUUGGGGGUCGUGGGGUUUAUGGAGAACAUUAUCAAGAAGAUUCAACUGAUGAAAGUGAUGAUGGAUCUCAGGCUAGUCAGCGUGGUAGAAACUACAACCGCAGGCGACCAGCUACUGAUAACCUAGGAAAUCUCAAGCUUAGAAUCCCUCCAUUCCAUGGAAAGAAUGAUCUUGAUGCUUACUUAGAGUGGGAGAAGAAGAUUGAACUGGUUUUCAAUUGCCAGCAGCUCACUGAGGAGAGAAAAGUGAGACUAGCAGCUACUGAAUUCUGUGGAUAUGCUAUUAGCUGGUGGGAUCAGAUUGCUACUACCAGGAGACGCAAUGGAGAGCCUCAAGUAGCUUCCUGGUUUGAGAUGAAAACUGUGAUGAAGAAGAGAUUUGUUCCUAAUCACUAUGGAAGAGAUCUACACCAGAAGUUGAGAAGGCUUUCUCAAGGGUCUAAGAGUGUAGAGGACUAUCACCAGGAGAUGGAAACACUCAUGUUAAAAGCUGAUUUAGAAGAAGGUGUAGAAGCUACUAUGGCAAGAUUCCAAGGAGGUCUUAACAGAGAUAUACAAGAUAGGUUGGAGCUACAAGAAUAUGAGGACAUGGAUGAACUGCUACAUAAAGCUAUUUUGAUUGAGCAGCAGAACAAGAGGAAGAGCUCUACCCGGUCUUCAUACACUCCUACUUCAAAACCGGCCUACUCCAGGGAAGAUAAGCCAGGGGAUAAGUCCAAGGACGGUUCUUCUUCAGUAGAGACCAAGAGAGAUGACAAGGGUAAAGGAGUAGCCACAUCUACUAAGACCAGGAACAUUAAGUGUUACAAGUGUCAUGGCUUUGGCCACUAUGCUAAUGAGUGCACCAACAAGAAGGUGAUGACUAUCUUAGCCAACGGGGAGGUGAUAUCUGAAGAGGAGGACGCCGGCCAAGAGUCAGAUGAGGAAGGCGUGGAGUACCCUGUCCGUGGAGAGCUACUAGUCACCAGGAGACUUCUCAAUGCUCAACCUAAAGCCAAAGAAGAUGAGCAAAGGGAAAACUUGUUUCACACCAGAUACUUGGUUCAAGAGAAGGUUUGCAGCUUGAUCAUUGAUGGAGGAAGCUGUACUAAUGUAGCAAGUGCUGAGUUGGUGGAGAAGUUGGGUCUUCAAGUGUUCAAGCAUCCUAAACCAUAUCUCUUGCAAUGGAUCAAUGACGAGGGUGGAUUACAGAUCACCAAGCAAGUGAAGGUCUUGCUAUCAGUGGGAAAGUACCAGGAUGAGAUCACUUGUGAUGUAGCACCCCUUGAAGCUAGCCACAUCCUUCUUGGACGUCCAUGGCAGUAUGAUAAGAGAUCAGUACAUGAUGGCUUUACCAACAGAUACACUUUUAUCCAUAAGGAGAAACAAGUUACCCUGGCGCCAAUGACCCCUCAGGAGGUACACCAGGAUCAGAUGCAUCUCAAAAAGAAGAGAGGAGAGUCCAAGGCCGCCAGCAAGUCCUUGCUUCUUGAAGAGACCAGCCAGGUAAGUAAACUCAACCUCUUUGCUACUGCUAAAGAUAUCAAAACUGCUAUGAUUGAACAAUCAAAUUUGAUACUAGUGGUUUAUAAAGAAUUGUUGAGCUCUACUACUAACCCUGCUCCUGAGAUUCCAGAGGAGAUUGAGUGCCUUUUGCAGGAGUAUAGAGAUGUGUUCCCAGAGGACAAUCCAAUAGCAUACAGGACCAACCCUGUGGAGACCAAGGAGCUUCAGAAACAAGUCAAUGAGCUAAUGGAGAAGGGACAUAUCAGGGAGAGUAUGAGUCCUUGUGCUGUACCUGUCCUCUUGGGCAUACAGGUUGAUGAGGAAAAAGUGAAAGCUAUCAGGGAGUGGCCGACUCCUAAAUCUAUUGGAGAGGUCAGAAGUUUUCAUGGACUUGCUGGCUUCUACAGGAGGUUUGUGAGAGAUUUCAGUACGGUUGCAGCACCACUGACUGAAGUGAUCAAAAAGAGUGUAGGUUUCACUUGGGGACCAACCCAAGAAGAGGCCUUUCAAAUGCUAAAAGAGAAGUUAACAAGUGCUCCUUUACUUGCACUUCCUGACUUUUCUAAAACUUUUGAAAUUGAAUGUGAUGCAUCUGGUAUUGGAAUUGGAGCUGUGUUGAUGCAGGAUAAGAAACCCAUAGCUUACUUCAGUGAGAAACUAGGAGGCGCCACCUUGAACUAUCCUACCUAUGACAAGGAGCUGUAUGCCUUGGUGAGAGCUUUACAAGUGUGGCAACAUUACUUGUGGCCUAAGGAGUUUGUGAUCCAUACAGAUCAUGAAUCCCUUAAACAUCUCAAAGGGCAACAGAAGCUGAACAAGAGACAUGCCAGAGAAUCUGAGAAACAUGCUAGUGGAAAAUUCUACCAAGUAAAGGGAUUUCUUUUCUAUGAUAACCGCCUGUGUGUUCCUAGUGGUUCUUUGAGAGAAUUGUAUGUUAGGGAAGCUCACGCAGGAGGGCUGAUGGGACACUUUGGAGUCGCCAAAACACUCUCCACCUUGCAAGAGCACUUCUACUGGCCGAGUAUGAAGAAAGAAGUGGAGCGUGUGUGCUCAAGGUGUGUCGUGUGCAAACAAGCCAAGUCUAAGGUCCAACCAACAGGUUUGUAUACACCUCUCCCUAUUCCUACUGCACCAUGGAUUGAUAUCUCUAUGGACUUUGUCUUAGGAUUGCCUAGAACUAAGAAAGGAAGAGAUAGUAUCUUUGUGGUCAGGAAGAACAUUGAGGAGAGGACCAAGAUGUAUGAGAGACAGAAGAACAAGGGGCGUAAGGAGCUAGUACUUGAACCGGGUGAUCUUGUGUGGAUUCACAUGAGAAAAGAGAGGUUUCCGGUGGAGAGGAAAUCAAAGUUGCUACCAAGGAAAGAUGGACCCUUCAGAGUGCUAAAGAGAAUCAACAACAAUGCCUACCAGAUCGAUCUUGAAGGGAAAUACACAGUCAGAGGAGGGGAUGGUGUAGCCAUGACCAGAGACAUAGAAGAGGAGCUGAGUGAGACUGAUGAGGAUGAGCCAAGUGAUGAGACUGCCGUAAGAGAGAGAUGUGAAGCUGAGGAUACUGAAGAGAACCAGAACCAGAGUGAGACAUCAUGUGAGCCAACCAGUGUGUGGAGUGGACCAACUACUAGAUCAAGGCUGAGAGAACAAGAGGAGAGGCUCCAGGAGAUAGCCAAAAUCGUGGCAACCAUCUCUGUCGCCAAUCCACAGGCUCAGGGAGACGACCACAGUUCAAAGGAGAGCUAG